GUCAGCCUUUCGGCGUAGGUUCGUUGAGCACGGCAGGCGCUGCGUGACUCGUAGUGCGUAGCCCAGGCAAAAGCACUGAGAAGGGGAAUGUCGGCUUGUGAAUGAUCGGUUUUGAGGCGGCAGGGAGCGUCAACGUUAUGGCAGUACAAACACAGCAAAAGAAUCUGGAAGGAUAUGUUGGCUUUGCAAGCCUCCCCAACCAAGUGUACAGGAAGUCUGUCAAAAGGGGCUUUGAGUUCACCCUGAUGGUUGUCGGUGAGUCAGGGUUGGGCAAAUCCACGCUGAUCAACUCUCUGUUCCUAACAGACCUGUAUUCAACAGAGUAUCCUGGGCCUUCACAUCGAAUUAAAAAGACUGUACAGGUGGAGCAGUCCAAAGUUUUAAUAAAGGAAGGCGGCGUCCAGCUGCUGCUCACAAUAGUCGACACCCCAGGGUUCGGAGAUGCUGUCGACAACAGCAACUGCUGGCAGCCAGUCAUCGACCACAUAGACAGCAAGUUUGAAGACUACCUGAACUCAGAAUCCCGGGUGAACAGACGACAGAUGCCUGACAGCCGAAUCCACUGUUGCCUGUACUUCAUUGCCCCCUCGGGACAUGGACUGAAACCCUUGGACAUUGAGUUCAUGAAGCGGUUGCAUGAGAAAGUCAAUGUCAUCCCGCUGAUCGCCAAAGCAGACACCCUCACCCCAGAAGAAUGCCAACAGUUCAAGAAACAGAUCAUGCGGGAAAUCCAAGAGCAUAAAAUCAAGAUCUACGAGUUCCCUGAGACGGAUGACGAAGAAGAGAACAGGCUGGUGAAGAAGAUAAAGGACAAGUUGCCGCUGGCUGUAGUAGGAAGCAACACCAUCAUCGAGGUGAACAGCAAGAGGGUCAGAGGGAGACAAUACCCCUGGGGGGUUGCAGAAGUUGAAAACAGUGACCACUGCGACUUCACCAUCCUCAGGGAUAUGCUCAUCAGAACUCACAUGCAGGACCUGAAGGGAAAAAAAAAAAGGGUUAAAGGUCAACUGUGCACAAAACUUGACACAGUUGAAGGAAUGAGUCCCCUGGCCCAGAUGGAGGAGGAAAGGCGAGAGCAUGUGACUAAGAUGAAGAAGAUGGAGAUGGAGAUGGAGCAGGUGUUCGAGAUGAAAGUCAAGGAAAAAGUGCAGAAGCUCAAAGACUCUGAAGCAGAGCUUCAGCGGCGUCAUGAGCAGAUGAAGAAGAACCUGGAGGCUCAGCACAAGGAGCUGGAGGAGAAGAGGCGUGUGUUCGAGGAGGAGAGGGCAAACUGGGAGUCCCAGCAGCGCCUGGAGCAGCAGAAAAUGGAGGCCUCCAGGACUCUGGAGAAAAACAAAAAGAAAGGCAAGAUCUUUUAAAAGACAGUCGGCAGGACCACCCAGACUCGAGUUAUUAUGUUUGCCAACGUUGCCGGUCAGGACACCAGUGUGUGGCACUGACAUCUCCCCCCCCCCCCACCUCCUCUUCUCUCUCCUUCUCCCCCUCUUCUCCCUUCCUCCCACCCCUCCUUGUCUCCUGUCCCUGCUCUGUCUGCUCCCAGCCACUAGAGGGGGUACUGGGGGUGUUAUGGGUAUUUGAGGAGGUGGAGGGGGGGUCUGAACGUACGGUCAGAACCACCACCCUAGAGCCCCCUCGCUGCCUCAGUCGGGACUUGACAUCAAUUUAUAAAAACAUAACUCCAUUUCAGAAAAGGCCAAACCCAUAUUAUUUUAAUUGUUAUUAUUGAUGUUAUUAUUAUUAUUUAUUAUUAUUAUUAUUAUUAUUAUUGUUAUUAUUGUUGUUAUAACUGAAUACUGUCCCCCCCCUCCCCCUACCUGCUGCUCUUUUAUUUCACCCCAAGGUUGCUUUUUAAAUGACUGAUGUGUACAGUUUUAUGGAGAGCGCAGACAAAAUAAAAAUACCCAUGAAUCAUGUCCGACUGUUGUACAAUCAAGUUCUGGUGAAUUUUAUUUGUUUACAGGAGAAGUGUAACAGAAUAUGAACAUUAACCUGAUCUUCUUUUGUGUAUUAAAGUAAGAAGAGGACAAGGCAUUAACUAAUCCUUUUUGUUUUGAGUGUAACAGAAAUGUGACAGAAAUGAAACGGUGUCAACAGAAAAACCUGAAACCAAGAAAAACAAUAAAAUGCACCUUGGGCCUUUUUUUAUAGAUUGAAAAAAAAAAAAAAAAAAAAAUUGGCUAAAGCUUUUUUUCGGAAAUGUAACGCUUUCUUUUUCUUCUGUGUUUUAGCUAUUUCAACUAGCCAUGGACCACCAUUUAUAAUGUCAUAAGUGUUAUAUUUCACUUUAGUUUAUUUUUUUAUAUAUACCGAGCCAGCUGAAGUAAUAACUUCUUUUGUAUGUUGAGAAAAUCCUCAGAGACUUGAGAGCAGCGUCCACUGUUGAACAGAAACACACUUCCACAUGUAACAGUGAUCCAUGGACGCUUUAAGGAAAAACAUGAUUUCAGUCCCUCUGCGGUAACUGUCUGUGGGAAAUAAAGAGUCAACACCGCAUUUUGCUUUGGCUAUGUACUCCAUCUCUGUAUUUUUCAUUUUUCAUUUGUAUUGUACAAAGUCACUUAAUAAACCUGUGAUGAUA